GCAGAGAAAGAAAACCAGGAACUACAACACCAGUUGCAAGUGUCUGAGCUGAUGGAUAAACAGACCAGGGAGAUGCAAAAGCUAGAAUCUGACAGUAAUCAGAAACUCUUAAUGGAAAAUGAGAAAUACCAGGAGCUGGAUGAGAAAUCCCAAAAGAUGCAGGAGGAAUACGAGAAACAACUACACAGUUUGGAGGAAAGUAAAAGCAAGGCUAUGAAGGAACUAACAGAAUAUUAUGAGGAAAAACUUAAUGAGAAAUCUGUUCUGCUGAAAGAGACAGAGGAGGAUAUGAGGCAGCAGCUUCGAGCACAUGAAGAAAUUAAAAAACAAAUUUAUGAAGAUGAAGACCAAGAAAUCAUGGAAAUUAAAAUUAAGUAUGAGAGACAGCUCUGGGAAGAAAAGGAGUCAAACAUGCAACUAAAAGGAGAAAUAGGAGUCAUGAAUAAAAGGUUGAAUAGCCUACAGAAAGAGCUCAAGGAGCGGAACAAGUACAUUGAGGAAAUGAAACUGGCGCAGCAGAAGCUGCAACGCACCAUUAAGUCUCUGGAAGAGGACAUCUUGGCACUGAAGAACGAGAUUCAAGAGAGAACUGACACUAUCCAAGACAAGGAGAAGCAUAUAUAUGACCUAAAAAAGAAAAACCAGGAACUGGAAAAGUGCAAGUUUGUACUGGAUCACAGAAUAGCGGAGUUGAAGAAGCUAAUAGAGGCACGUGGAAAUGAUAUUAAAAUAAUGAAGCAGCACAUUUAUGAGAUGGAGGGCGAGCUGGAACGAUUCCACAAGGAGAGCACACAGUUGAAGCUGAAUAUCACACAACUGCAACAGAAACUAAAGGCAACUGAUAAUGAGAUGCAUAGGGAGAGGCAGAAGAAGCAAAAUAUGGAAGCUCUCAUCAAACGAUUUAAAGGAGACCUUCAUAAUUGUGCAGGCUUCAUUCAGGAACCAAAAAAACUGAAGAAUGAGAUCCGGGAGCUCUACACCAAGUACGUGCAAGAAUCAGACUUGAUUGAAAUAGCACAAAAAGAUUUGCAGCCCGAGUGCAUGAGACAGCGAGAGUAUCUCGAGAGGAAUUUGGCAGCUUUAAAAAAGAAGUUGGUGAAGAAUCAGGAAACCCAUCGAGGUGCUUACAUGCACAUUAUGCAGGAAAACAUGAGUCUGAUUAAGGAAAUUAAUGACUUGCGGCAAGAACUGAAGGCAGCCCUCACCCAGCUACGUGACCUCGAGUCAACGCUAAAAUUAAUGAAGAAAAGAGAAGCAACUCAAGACACAGCUCCCUCCAGUGAGCCGCUGCCCAGCCCAGCUGUCCUGAGGUUGAAUGCAGAGAAGGAAAAUGAGAAAAUCAUAGAAAUGCAGCAGCUAGAAAUUCAAUACCUGCGAAACCAAAUACAGGAGAAGGGGCAAAGCCCUGCAGUUCAACCUCUCUUAGCCGGAAAUCUUCCUGAACUGAAUGUGGAAGGAAGUCACAAGACACAGCAACAGUGA